AUGGUUGACGGUCAAUUGGUUGCGGAACUGGUGGAGAAGUACUGUACCACAAGGGGGUAUCGCUAUUCGUACGGAACCGCGGGCUUUAGAGACGAUGCUUCGAGGCUGGACACGGUUAUGUUCGCUACUGGGAUCAUUGCGUGUCUGAGGUCGAUUGCGCUGGAUGGGAGGCCCGUUGGGGUGAUGAUCACGGCGUCACACAACCCUGCUUCGGACAACGGCGUGAAGAUAGUUGAGCCGGACGGCUCUAUGCUUGUGCAGUCGUGGGAAUCUACGGCGACAGAUCUGGCCAAUCUGCUUUCGAGCGGGUCUGCAGAGGCAAUUCGCCAGAAGAUCGGGCAGUUGGCCAGCAGUGGGUCUGGUGUCCGGCCGAGGCUGGUUGUGGGACGUGACUCGCGAGUGUCGGGUCCUCGUUUGCUGCAAUGCCUGCUGGGAAGCGCCAGCUCGCUCUUCCAGGCGCAAAUAAGGGACUACGGAUUGCUCACGACGCCGCAGCUGCACUACCCGACCAGCAGGUCGUUGUCAAUGGACCGCUCGGUCGAGGAGGAAGACUACUUUGUUGAUUUUAGCAGCGCCUGGAACGAGAUCACACGUCUACAUGAUGUGGAAGGGCUUCCUUGCGCUGGGUUGGUGGUGGACUGUGCCAAUGGUGUCGGCGGCCUCAAGAUACACAGCUUUAUACCACGCUGCCGUGUGUUGAGCGGGACUACAACGGUGAUUAACGACAACUGUUCUGACGCAGAGUCGCUGAACCGUGGCUGCGGUGCUGACUUCGUCAAGACCAAUCAGAGGCUGCCCACCGGGAUCAAGGAAACUGACGGCGAUUCCCGUUUGUACUGUUCGUUCGACGGUGACGCUGAUCGCGUUGUGUUCUACUACUUGAACGAGGACAGCAAGUUCCAAUUGCUAGACGGCGACAGAAUCUCCGCUCUCCUCGCAUAUUUCAUCGCCCAGCUACUCGAGCAAUCCGGCCUGAGGUCCGUCUUGUCGAUGGGUGUGGUGCAGACGGCCUACGCCAAUGGGAGCUCUACCAAGUACUUGCAGAAUCAGUUGAACGUUCCAGUCACAUGCGCCAAGACUGGCGUUAAACACUUGCAUCAUGAAGCCGUGAGCAACUACGACGUCGGCAUAUACUUCGAGGCCAAUGGUCAUGGCACAGUCAUUUUUUCUGACCGGUUCCAUGACACUGUGGGCAGCCAAACUCAGGACUCUCUUGCCACCAAGACUCUGAGAUUGUUGCCUCAGCUGAUCAAUCAGACAGUCGGCGAUGCUAUCUCUGACAUGCUGGCGGUCCUAGCAGUCCUCUCCAUUCUAAAAUGGUCACCCAGUCGCUGGGGCAAGGAAUUUACAGAUUUGCCAAAUCUGUUGAAUAAGGUAAUAGUUCCUGACAGGUCCAAGUUUAUUGCUACUGACCAAGAGCGCAGAUUAACCUCGCCAGCAGGGCUUCAGGAGAAGAUCGACGAAGCUGUAUCAAGGUUUCGCUCAGCCAGAAGUUUUGUAAGAGCCAGCGGAACUGAGGACGCUGUUAGGGUUUAUGCGGAAGCAGCCACUCAGGAAGAGGCCAAUGAACUAUCUGCGGUGGUCAGCAGGCUAGUCCUUGAGAGCUGCUAA